UCAGAAGCUUACAGUUGGUCUGAAAAGAACGAGAUACUACUACGCUUUAACGAGAGUUGGAGAAAGCACUAGAAUUGCACACAGCAACCCUAUCAGACGACGGCCAUUUUUGUUCACGUCAUUGACGAGCCACCAAAAAAUAUUUUCGUCUGUGUUUGGGCGAGGAUCAUUUGCUGCAAUUACCGUGUUAAAUAUUCGCAAAAAUUAACAAAAAUUACGAAAAUUAAUAUUAGAAUUUCUAAUAAAUAUAUGAAUAAAUAGUAAUAUUAAAAAAAUUGAAAAAAAUGUUAAAUGAAAAACGCGGUUUUUCUUAGCGAAAAGUGUGAAAAAACGGCGGAGAAAAAUUUUACAUCAGCAAAAGAGACGAAAGGAAAAUUUUGUGUGUACCAACGAAGCAGCGACGAAAACGUAACAUACGAGGACGGAUAAACAAGGCGAGGAGUGAGUGCGAGAGAGUACGCGUUAUUUGUUGGUCUCCAAUCUGAGAAGGUGGUUUCUAUAAACCAAGUGGAAAUGAUGGAAAGUUUCGAGGAAACUCAUAUAGGCACUUCACAUUCUGAUAAACGUGAUUUGCAUGAUGUGAAAAUACAUGAAACAUGUUUGUCGGCCAAUUGUACAACACUCAUGGCCAGUAAACAGAGUUUUGAUUUUGGCGCCGAAAUAGUUGAUACACAAACAAUAGCACCAGAACGCGAAAGCAAUAUGAAAACAAACUGCGAAAGUAUAGC